UUACAGAUGAAACACAAAGUAAAGCAAACACAAGACAAUGUCUCUACAGUGAACCAGUUUGUACUCCUGGGAUUUUCUGACCUCAAAGAUCUCCAGAGCUUUUUGUUUGGAGUGUUUCUCUUCAUUUACAUGAUUAUUAUAUCUGGAAAUAGCCUCAUCAUAAUAUUAAUCAGAUUUGAUCCUGCAUUACAAAAACCCAUGUAUUUUUUCCUGGCAAAUUUUUCCUUUCUGGAAAUCUGUUAUGUAUCUGUUAUCCUUCCCAGGAUGCUGAUGAAUCUUUGGAGUCAGGAUAGAAGUAUUUCUUUGAUGGCAUGUGCCACUCAAAUGUGUUUUUUCCUUGUGCUGGCAGCCACUGAAUGUUUCCUCCUGGCGGUGAUGGCCUGUGACCGCUAUGUGGCCAUUUGUAACCCUCUGCACUAUCCUCUAGUCAUGAACCAAAAAAUAUGUGUCCAGCUGGCAGUGGGAUCUUGGAUCGUUGGAAUGCCCAUCCAGAUAGGAGAAACAGUUCAGAUUUUCUCUCUGCAUUUUUGUAAUUCUAGCCAAAUUAAUCACUUCUUCUGUGACAUACCUCCUAUUCUCAAACUGGCCUGUGGGGACACUUCUCUUCAUGAGAUCAUUGUCUAUGUGGUAGCUAUGCUGAUUGCCGCAAUACCAUUUAUGUGGAUUCUUGCCUCCUACAGCAAAAUUAUUUCCACCAUCCUGAAGUUGCCAACAGCCUCAGGAAGAGCUAAAGCCUUCUCCACAUGUUCCUCUCACCUUCUGGUCGUAGUUUUGUUUUUUGGAUCUGCCACGAUCACCUACUUCAGACCCAAGUCCAAUCAUUCUGCUGGAUCAGACAAGCUCCUCUCCCUUUUUUACACCAUUGUGACGCCUAUGUUUAAUCCCAUGAUAUACAGCCUCAGAAACAAGGAUGUUAUUGCUGCACUGAGAAAAUUAUUCCUUAAAAGGUAG